CAGAAAGUACGUCAAAAUCAAUGACGUCAUAGAAUUCAAAGCUGUACUUUCGUAGUGCACUGCUCUCUAUAUCGGAACGCUAUUCGUAAUACUGAUAGUACUCGGAGUGAAUAAAGGAACGCACCCAUAGUCAAAGGAGAUUUCAUUUGCUUUUGCAAGAUUCUCUUUUUUUUCGGACCCUCCGAUCCGCCGGGACGCCAUCUAGGUCCUUGCGCGUUCGGCGAUCCUCUUAGUAACUUCAUUAUUAUUAGCCGUCUGCUGCGCUGGGUUUGACAUAUGAGACAAACAGCAAGAUGCCGAUGUGCAAGCUCGCACCAAUAACCCUUUGCAAAUUAUUCUUGUCUGUUACGAUUUUGGUGGAGCCGAAGCGUCGAACACGGUGUCAUCGACCACGUUGAUCAGGAGUUCCUCGCGAGUUGUCUUGACGUCGCGCGACAUUUACAUAUAUCUCGCAGUGUUAAAAAACUGGUGCGACCGACAUCAGGGGUCAUGGCCUCGGACGAUCGGAGUUAAAUUGUUACUCGAAAUAUUAUCAAUAUCGAUUGGCGGAAAUCCCCCGUCAAUGAUUGCUAGAGAUUUCUCGUCUGAUCUGCUCAUAUCUGAUGUGUACGUGUGCACAUAUACAGUGAGGAGCAAAAUUGAACUAAUAUCAGAUAAGGAUUAUAUCCUAAAAAUGUCGGGUGGAGAAAGGAAAAAAAGGGGUUGCGAUAGAGGACAUGGAUGGGAGGAGGCUGGCGCUGAAUUCUAUCAAGAAAGUUAUCCAGCGGCUAUAGAAGCGGAUCUGCAACAGGCAUUGCAGAGGGAUCCCUCGCAUAUAGCAACUUUACUUCCUAGCAAAAAAUCCCGCGUUGCCACAGUGAAACGGAUCCGAAAUGACACGAAAACUACAUUGAGAAGGCGUACAAGUACUAGAUCUCGUGGUACCACGACUUCAAGACGUAUGUCGACCAACAUACAUGACGCGGCUGUAUCGAUGUUGCCGGAUCUGUCGGAAAAUUUAUCCAAUGAGGAGCGCACAUGGGAAGAAAUAAUGCAAAUCAAGGCCAUGCCCGUAUGCAUGUCUCAGAAGAUCCAAUUGAAGAACCAGUUACAAAGUGCCACGAAGCUACGGCUUCAAGGCUUUGAGCAGCUAAAAUGGCAGCGCAGGAAAGCUUGGCAGCAAUUCCGCAUUAGAAUGAAAGAAGCUUAUUCCAAAAUGGAAUUAUGGAACGACAGUCUCAAAAAAAUAGGUGGAAAUUUCGGAAUGGGCAUAGUGGCAUAUUUUUUAUUCAUUAAGUGGUUGAUGUAUCUGAAUCUGAUCUUAUUCGCAAUUAUAUUCUUGCUGAUAGUACUACCGACGAUAGUGCUGGAGGUGCCCCAGAACGAAACAUGUUCACCUAAUGAUGCCGCCAGCGUAGCCUGUUGUUCCGAAUUGUAUCGGAAUAUGACUGAGGAAAAUAACAGUCUAGUAAAGAUCAUGCAAAACGGUGGGAUAUUAGAGCACACUCUACUAUUCUACGGUUCAUAUACGCACAAAAUUUACGAGAGUAUAGGUACCAAUUUUUACUAUAAUUCACCGCUGGCCUACAUCUGCGCCAUUAUUAGCGUCUUCAUCGUUAGUUUGAUAGCGAUCGUACGAUCAGCUGCAAAAGGUUUCAGAGAAAGAGUCAUAGAAGGUGAGGGCCAGUUUUAUCGAUAUUGCAAUCUAGUAUUUGGCGGAUGGGAUUACUGCAUUAACAAUGAGAGAUCCGCCGGCAUAAAACACAAAGCGCUAUAUAACGAAAUGAAAGCAUUUCUCGAGUCAGAAAAAAUGGAGGAGGAACGACGAAAUCGCACAAGAGAAGAGAAGACAAAGCUGCUUUUCAUACGUCUGUUCGUUAAUCUAUUAGUUUUCACGGUAUUGUGUGGCUACGGUGUAUUUGUUUAUUAUAUAAUCGAUUUUUCAUUCAGUCAGCUGUCGACACACUCGGCAAAAAGUUACGAAAUCACUUAUCUAUUCUUCGAAUUUCUUCCAUACCUAUGUAUCGUCGAACUUAACAUAGCCGUUCCAUUUCUCUUUCGCUAUCUGGUCGCCCUAGAACAUUACAAUCCAUCGUAUGUCGUCCGAGUGACGUUAUAUAGAACUAUGUUUCUCAGACUCGCUUCCCUCCUUGUUCUGUUAACAUCUCUAUAUAGACUCGUAGCAGAUAAGAUCCCGGACAAUGAGUGCACCAACAAAAAUAAACAACCGCUAUGUUGGGAAACAUUCGUAGGACAACAAUUCUUCAAGCUUUAUACCACCGAUAUUUUCAUCCAAUUCUUUAUGACGUUCUUCGUCAACUUUCCGCGAUCAGUAAUCGCACGUCACACCGAGAACAAACUUUUACGCUUCGUCGGCGAGCAAGAGUUCGACUUACCCAAACAUGUGCUAGAUAUUUUCUAUUCACAAAUGGUUUGCUGGCUUGGUUGCUUCUUUGCCCCAUUAUUACCCAUGGUCGCCGUCAUUGGAACGUUCUUGCUGUUUUACAUUAAAAAAUUCACUUGUCUAGUGAAUAGUACACCAUCAAGUAAGAUUUAUCGUGCGAGUAGGUCGAAUUGCCUAUUCAUGUUUGUUUUAUUGAUUUCCUUUAUCCUGGCAAUGAUACCGCUUGGUUAUUCCAUCGCGGAGAUCAUGCCGUCGAAAUCAUGUGGACCGUUUCGAGGAUUGGAAUCCGUAUGGACAUUAUUGAUUACGACAUUCUCACAAUUUCCCAAUUGGUUGCAAUCGGCUCUGUCCUUUCUUGGUACGGCUGCUUUUGGCAUACCGGCAUUUGUCAUCCUCUCUCUGCUUCUCUACUAUUAUUAUGUAAUGUGGUUAGCGAACAAGCACAUGGUGACAGUAUUAAAAAACCAAUUGGUACUGGAAGGUCAUGAUAAACAAUUUUUAUUGAACAGAUUGAGCGCCUUUAUUAAGCAACAACAGGAUCAGAACAAGUUUCAUCAAGAGCAAGCUAAUGAGUUAGGCACGUUUCAACAUGUAUAAAUAGGAUAAAAUUUGAUUUGACAUUUUUUACGGAUGUACAAAAUUUAUUAGAAAUAGUUUUACCAUACAACUACGGUCCGAUAAAUAUCGGUCCAAGUGAAUUAUUUGCUUGAGAUUUUGUAGAUUCUACUUGUAAAACAUAAGACUGUCAAUUUUGUCUUCUUUACAUUAUAUACGAGUGGCAUUUAUAUAAUAGUUUUUUGAUAUUUUACUGAAUUGGAAAACUUUAUAAAUUACAAGGAAAUACGCAGACAAUACCAAAGCGUAUCUUAUUUAUAUACUGCCCAUUGCAGUGUCUUGUGCACUUUAUACAAAUUGAUGUUUUUUGAGACUUCAAUAUAUUACAGUCAUCAUCACUGCCAUAUACAUUAGUUUUUGUGAUUAGUUUUUCGAGAACUUCAUUCAAACGGGACAUAUCUUACAUUCUAGAAAAUCUAAUCUCAUAUAUGAAAACACAUCUAAGAUCAGGGUACAAAAAAA